ACUGAAUGGAACGAUACUCCGUCUAUAUUUAGUCAGAAUAAAUUCCCCUUUUUUCAUACCCAGGGAUAUCAGAAGCAUGUUGAAUUCCGGAAUUUUGGCCAAAAUGGUAUAUAUAAUGAGGUAUCACAUUGGUUGGGUCAUUCAGCUUGCUUGGAGCAGACCUAGAAACAACUUUAUAGCCGUCAACUUGAAAUAUUAUUUUGAGAAAGGAACUAUUAUCGGUACACCUAGCCGAUAUGGAGAACUCAUUCUGGAGUAUGAAGGAAACCAUGAUGAUGGAUGACAACGUCACAUUUAGCAAAACAGUUAAUAAAACAAUGAAUAUCCAGGAAAUCGUUACAGAGGACCCGUUUAACUUUGAAACAUCAACCGUUGUCAAUGUUCUAAUGGCAGUAGUAACUUUGUUUAUGUUCUGUUCCCUCACAAGAAAACUAUCACACCAAAAACAGGAUGAUGAUGAUGAUGAUGAUGAUGAAAAGGCAUCUAAAUUAAAGGCGGAUCCAACUUCUGGUACAGCUGACUACCCAGUUAAUGAGGAUGGAGUAUCCUUGUUCUCCAGGCUUACCUACUAUUGGGUACAUCCACUGCUGAAGAAAGGAAAUAAAACGGCCAGUCUCUCAUCUGAGGACAUGUUUCAUUUGCCAAACAGUCUUAACGUAAAGAAAGUACAAGAGGCGUUCUCUAACAGAUUUCAACCAGAGGACGAUCUUGGUACAAAGGCAGAUAAGAAAAAGCCUACCUUACUUCAGGCGUUAUUCAAAGCCUACGGGCUGGAAUUCUUUCUGUAUUGUGGUCUCCUGGAACUGAUUGCGGAACUGAUUAACUUCACAGGUCCCAUAUCUCUUGGAUUGUUGAUUUCAUUUUUCGAAAAUGGAGAGGAGCCAUCACACAUCGGAUAUCGCUAUGCAUUCUUAUUAUUCUUGUCCAGUUUUGGAAAAGCUCUUCUAGACAGUAGAUUUCAUUUUGUACGCAUGCAUGUUUUUUUCAAAGUGAGAAUUUCCAUUAUGACAGCAAUAUAUAAGAAAGCAUUACAUAUAAGUACUGUAUCAUUAUCAAAAUUCAGCACUGGUGAAAUUGUCAACUUUCUUGGGACUGAUACCGACAGAAUGAUGGGCUUUUGCCAUUGUUUCCAUGCCCUAUGGAGUCUUCCAUUUGAAACAGUUAUAUGUUUGUAUAUCUUGUAUCAACUGGUUGGGAUUGCCAUGUUAGGAGGCCUGAUUGUUGCUUUGGUACUUGUUCCUAUCAACAAGAUCAUAUCAUCGAAACAGAUUGCUCUCGGAAAGGUGCUUAUGGAACAGAAAGACAAGAGAACGAAGUUGAUGAACGAGGUACUGGGCGGGAUAAAGAUAAUCAAGCUUUACACUUGGGAAAAUCACUUCCAGAAGAUGAUUGAGAAACUUCGUGACGCUGAGUUACAGAUCAUCAAACAGAGAAAAGUUCUUGGAGCCAUCACCGGAUAUUUGUGGACUCUGACCCCUAUCUUUAUGACUGUAUUGACAUUUAGCGCCUACUCUAUGAUGGGAAAUACCCUAACCGCCGCUAAGAUGUUUGCGAGUCUCGCACUGUUUCUCAAACUCCUAGGAUCACUCAAUCAUCUCCCCUGGGUCGUCAAUGGCAUAAUGGAAGCAAUCAUUUCCCUUGGAAGGAUUGAGAAGUUCGUGGCAUUGCAAGAUAUUGACCUCAAAAGUUAUUACGCAAGAUUACCAGAAUCGACAGAAAACAGAAAUGUGAUAUCCGUGAAAACCGGGAGGUUUACAUGGGAAUGUGAAAAGUUGAAAAGCAGUGAGUCAAAGGAAAAUGAAAAUGAGUCUACCAGUAAGGCAGGGGAGACUACCACUACAUCAGGAACCCUUUGUCUGCGAGAUAUUACUGUCGAUAUCAAGGAGGGCCAGUUCAUAGGAGUGAUUGGCAAAGUUGGUUCUGGGAAAAGUUCCUUCUUGAACGCCAUACUUGCUGAGAUGUCUAGGAAAGAAGGCGAUAUUUCCGUGUCAAACCUCAAAAAAGGUUUUGCUCUGGCUGAUCAGGAGCCAUGGAUACAACAAGCUACCGUCCGGGAAAACAUUACAUUUGGUAGUCCAUUUAACGCCAACAAAUACGCCGACGUUCUGGAUGCAGCAUCUCUCAAAAAAGACAUUGAGAUGUUACCGGCUGGCGACAAAACAGAAGUUGGCGAGAAUGGCGUUACAUUGAGUGGAGGCCAGAAAGCCAGACUGGCUUUAGCUAGGGCAUUAUAUCAGGAUAAGGACGUAUACCUCCUUGACGAUCCUUUAGCAGCAGUGGAUGCUCACGUGGCACAACAAAUGUAUGAAAAGUGCAUUAUGGGAUUACUGAAAAAUAAGACCAGAAUCCUAUGUACACAUCACACGCAUUUCCUUGGCGAGGCAGAUCUGGUCAUUGUCAUGGAUGAUGGAGUAAUCUCCAAAAUGGGUCCCCCAUCUGAGGUUCUCCCGGAUAUAAAAUUUGCUGAACGGAAAUCAUCGGAAAAAGAAAACGUGGAAGUAGAACACAAUGACAAAAGCGACAAGGACGGGAAACUGGGUGAAGAGGCCAAGGCUACAGGAGAAGUGAAGUUAGGAGUGUACAAAGCAUACCUGUCAGCGUUAGGUAAAUGGCUCGCCAUCACCAUGGUUAUGUCCAUCGUCUUCAUGCAAGUGACGAAGGUGAUGAAGGACUGGUGGCUGACUCACUGGGUAUCUAAUUCUAACACGGAUGUUAUCAACUCUUCCCUCUCCGGAUAUCAAUGUUUCUAUGACAACAUGUCAACACCCAUCAGUUUCCAUGAACGUUAUGACUCAACGCUGAGUGAGACAUCCAGACAAUCCGGACUGGUCUACUACAUGGUGGUCUACGCGUGUCUCUCUGCUGUUUAUUCUCUCUUCUCUUUGGCCAGAGAGAUUCUCUUUGCCUAUAGUGGGAUGAAUGUAGCUAGGACCAUGCACAGCGAUCUACUCAAUACCAUGUUUAAAGCGCCAAUGUCAUUCUACGAUGUGACUCCUGUAGGACGAAUCCUCAACCGAUUUUCAUCAGACAUGGGGACCAUCGACGAUUCCAUAAGUCACAUGGUCAUGGUGGUUCUGAGUCAAUUUUUCGAAGUUGUUGGAACUAUAGUCAUGGUGUGUUACGGAAUGCCUUGGUUUAUAGCUAUCAUUAUACCUGUGGGCUCAAUCUACUUUCGAUUACAGGAGAGAUAUCGUCACACAUCUCGAGAAGUCAGACGAAUUUCAAGUCUUAACCGCUCACCUAUCUUCUCCCACUUCUCGGAGACAGUGUCGGGAUUGACCACCAUUCGGGCAUUCCGCGAAUCAGAGAGAUUCACAGACCAGCACAUUAAUCGAGUGGACAACUGGUUAAAAACACAUUAUACAUCACACAAUCUAGGGAUGUGGCUUUGGUUCCGGACACAAAUGUUUGGAAUUAUCAUGGUUACUGGAAUAGCUACUAUGGCUGUGAUCCAACACACUUUUUAUGGCAUCGAUCCAGGAGUUGUCGGACUUGCCAUAUCCUACAUUCUCUCAUUUUCUGGACUUUUAAAUGGAAUCGUCAACUGUGUGACUGAAACAGAGAAACAAAUGGUCAGCGUAGAAAGGGUUCAUGAGUAUAUAGAGGACACACCCAGCGAGAAAUGGGAAGGUUUACAGUCGUCCUCGGCAUGGCCAGCUGCAGGUGUCAUCAGCUAUAGCGACGUGUAUAUGAAGUAUCGGGAAGGUUUACCUAACGUCCUCAAAGGCCUCACGUUCAGCACGCGAUCUGCGGAAAAGGUGGGGAUUGUUGGACGUACUGGAUCCGGGAAGUCCAGCCUUUUCCAGACACUGUUCCGUACAGCAGAGAUAAGCUCUGGCGAUAUUACCAUUGAUGGAGUGAACAUCCAGCAACUGGACCUUAAAGACGUUAGACGACAUCUUGCUGUGAUUCCACAGGAUCCCUUCCUCUUUAGUGGAACCGUCAGGGAGAAUCUGGACCCAACAUCCUCCUACAGUGACGAGGAACUUUGGGGUGUUCUGGACAGAUGUCAUCUGCGUGUGCCUGUCGACAGAUUUGGGGGUCUCGAGGGAGAAGUUGGAGAGAAGGGACGACAUUUUUCUGUAGGACAGAAACAACUCAUGUGUCUGGCCCGAGCGCUUCUCACUAAAGCAAAGGUAUUGUGUAUUGACGAAGCCACCGCCAGUGUAGAUCUCGAGACAGACAAGUUGAUUCAAGAAACAAUUCGCAAGGAGUUCGUGAACAGUACCGUGCUAACAAUUGCUCAUCGUAUCAACACCAUAAUGGACAGUGACAGAGUGUUGGUGAUGGACCAGGGUCAAGUGGCUGAACUGGACUCUCCUGAAAAUCUUUUGAAAAACCCACAAUCUGAAUUUUACCAGUUAGUUCAUGGGAAAAGAUCUGAGAAGUAGAAAAGAUGUGUAGUUUCACAUCUUGGAAAAUUUUAACGAUAAUACCAGAAUAUAUUUUGUAUAUAAUUGUUACACUCAAAUUACAGCAAUAUAUGUUAAGAUUGCUGAUGUCGAGGAAAGUUUAUAUUAAAGGGAUUAUCAGGGAUUAACUACAGUAAUAUAUUGAUACAUUUAAACAUCAAAUUGAACAUCCAAUUGUAUGCAAAAUAUAUAAAUACUUAUAUGAUGAGCUUUUUUGGGCUUAUGAAUAACUUUGUGUUCGUAUGAAUAUGACUUAUAUAUAUUUUUUUAUUGUGUGUUUUUACAUAUGUGCAGUAAUGACGAGUAUUAUCAAUUUCACGGGUAGCUGCUUAAACAUUUGUUAUUUUGUUAAUGGUGCUUGAUUAACCUUGUUAAAUAAAUAAUUACGUUGUUAAAAGAAUGUGUUGUUAUAACUUGAUCAGAGAGACAGGAUAAGAGUACUACUAAGAAAACAAAACACGAAUUUCGAAUUCGAAUUUAUUCUUAAAAUGAAAAGCAAGGCUCGAGCGCAAGUUUAAUCUGCUUUCCCGUCAGAUAUAUUACACUGUAAAAGCUUGGGAUCAAUGCAUUUAACACCAGACCAAUGUGUGGAACUGAAAAACAACAAAUCAAUGUACCAGGAUUCAAAGUAACAAAACCUAAACAGUGACAUCUAUUAUUUACUCUUUGUUCUAAUAGUGCUUGUUUUAGAGAUGAUUAAAUUUACCGUCUAAUGGCGUUUGUGUGCGUACCGACAAAGCAAAGUAGCAAAAUGUCUAAUGAAUAUAUACAUUCCUGAAGACACAAAUAUUCAAUUGUACAUUGUAACAUAGAAAACAACAAAGAUACAAAUAUCGACAUGUGACAAGUGUUCCGAGGUGAUCCACCUACGAUUCGUUGUUAGCCGGUAUCGGUCAGUAUUAUGUAUGUUUAUGUCACGAUAAGUUAGGCACGGCUACGAUUGACUCAUUUUGGAGUUUACUUUCCUGGAUUGUUAAUAAAGACUAAUCACGAUGAUAUGAAAAAUAACUAAAGUAUGUAAAGAAUAAACGUAAGAAAGCAAAAAUAAAAGGGAGAAAUAAA